CCCUCCCGCUUCUUCCUUCGUCCUCCUCCCUCCGUACGACGUCUUCGGUAUCUAGAAGCUUCGCCCCCCAUCCACCCCGUUCCGCCGCACCAAAGCCUCCCCCAGUCCGACCUAAGCCAGCCCAUACGGUCCAUACCCGUCUCCCGCUGUCCCGCACCCUCAUUCCGACCUAAGCUCCCCACCAAGCCGGCCGCCGCCGCACGCAUCUUCAACGACUCCUCCGACCGCAGCCGCCGCUCCCGUCCAAGCCGGCCGCCGCCCACCGAUCAGCCCCCUGACGGCGGUCUCUGGGUAUGGCGUCCUGCGCCAGUUGGGCUGAUGUAUUCAAUAAAUCGACUCCUUCCGUUUUCUAUGCCUGGAUAGGUCCGAAGGCAGACAAGUUGAACGAAAUCAAUGCUAUUGCUAAAAGAGCAAAACCAGCAGAUGAUGUGGCUAUAAUAGCAGGAGCACCAGCAGCAGCAGAAACAGAAGCAGAAGCAGAAGAUGACAUUCAAGGAGAUCUUGAAGUUGAGGACAGCAGCACAAUGGGUGCAAAUUCCACUGCGUUUUUUGUCGGCUCUAAUGACACAGAAAUAUUUAUGCUGACAAGUGCUCAUGGGUUAGACCACCUAUAUACAGAAGAACACCCUCUUACCCUGCAGACAAUGAGGAUGUUCGAGGUUUGGAUAUUAUGUGACCACUAUGAACAAGAUUAUCAGCACGAUGUAUUAACAUGGAAGAAGAAAUAUUCAGAUGAUAGGGGAUAUGGCAAAGCAACUAUAGUAGGAGGGGAUUCUUCAAAAGAUAUCCUUCUCUUGUCUGUGAAAAAGAAAAACAUAACAAGCUAUAGGGGCAAGGGACCGUGCAAGAAAGUCCACCCAUCACUUGUCAUAAGCAUGACUAACCCAAAGGAGGCAAACGACGCUUUGAUGAUAUCUUGGCCCUCGCAUCACACAAGGACCACAACAAAAGGUCCUGUGGGUCCAAUGAGGGUGAUAGACGCAGUAGGUGAGAACAAUGAGCAUGGAUACAAGAUGAAGUUGCUAGAAGUCUAUAUGAAAAGUAUGCGUGGAUCUUCAGGUGCUCCUCUUCUCAAUGCUCAAGGGGAGGUAAUUGGCCUUCUGCACGGAGGAUUCGAAGGAAAUCAUUCUUAUUUUGUGGCUGUAGAGCAUAUCAGGGCAUUUCUGCGAGCAAGGAAGGUAGGGAAGCCUGAUGCCAAUAUAGGACCCUAGCCGCAGAUGGUUCCUCUGACAAGUACACAGGAAGCACAUCCAUGAUAUAAAGCAAGAAGGAGAGUCUGCCAAUGUUUAUAUCCCUUGUUCUUCAAUUGUCUCGGACCUUUUUUGGAGGAAUCGAGUUCAUGCUGGGGUGGAGAGAUCCGGAGGGAUUCUGCUAAUUGAACAUGCUGGCCAGGCUGAGGACUACAAACAUCUCCUAGAAAACUUUACGUGCUUAGGCAUCUAGUGCGACUUUACUUUAAUUUUAGCUUUGAUUUGAAGAUUUUGCAGCAUUGGUCAAGGUAUUUGGUCUACAAAUUUAGUGACAAUUAUGAUUACUGUUUGAAUAUAGAGUUUUUGUUGUAUUCAACUAAAAAGCAGUCUUUUACAUGCAACAUGUGAUGAAAAAAUGACCUCCCCUUAA